AUGAACCUCAUGAGUUUCAACAAGGCCAAGUGCAAGGUUCUGGACCUGAGUUGGGGCAAGCCCCGGUAUCAAUACAAGCUGGGGAAUGAAGGGAUAGAGAGCAGCUCUGAAGAGAAGGAUUUGGAGGUUACUGGGGACAGUCAAAGGGGAAAAAGAAAAACUAGAGAGCAGGCAGUUUUGUCGGAUUCUAACGCCUUAUCCGAGAGGCAAAAGAAAAUGGUGUGCUUUGGUGGCCACUCUUUGGAAGAGGACUUGGAAUGGUCUGAGCCUCAGAUAAAAGACUCUGGGGUAGAUACGUGUAGUAGCACAACUCUAAACGAGGAACAUAGCCAUAGCGAGAAGCACCCAGUAACUUGGCAACCAUCCAAAGACGGAGAUCGUCUCAUUGGUCGGAUAUUAUUAAAUAAACGACUAAAAGAUGGAAGUGUGCCUAGAGACUCAGGAGCAAUGCUUGGACUGAAGGUAGUAGGAGGAAAGAUGACUGAAUCAGGUCGACUCUGCGCAUUUAUCACCAAAGUUAAAAAAGGAAGCUUAGCUGAUACAGUGGGGCAUCUUAGACCAGGUGAUGAAGUAUUAGAAUGGAAUGGAAGGCUACUACAAGGAGCCACCUUUGAAGAGGUGUAUAACAUCAUUUUAGAAUCUAAACCUGAGCCACAAGUGGAGCUUGUCGUUUCAAGACCAAUAGGGGACAUUCCCAGAAUACCUGACAGCACACAUGCACAGCUGGAGUCCAGUUCUAGUUCUUUUGAAUCUCAAAAAAUGGACCGACCUUCUAUUUCAGUGACUUCUCCUAUGAGUCCUGGCAUGUUAAGGGAUGUUCCACAGUUCUUGUCUGGACAACUUUCAAUAAAACUGUGGUAUGACAAGGUUGGUCAUCAGUUAAUAGUGACAAUAUUGGGAGCAAAAGAUCUUCCUUCAAGGGAAGAUGGGAGGCCAAGGAAUCCUUAUGUAAAAAUUUACUUUCUUCCAGACAGAAGUGAUAAAAAUAAAAGAAGAACAAAAACAGUAAAGAAAACAUUGGAACCUAAGUGGAAUCAGACAUUUAUUUAUUCUCCAGUUCAUCGGAGAGAGUUUAGAGAACGAAUGUUAGAAAUUACUCUUUGGGACCAAGCACGAGUUCGAGAGGAAGAAAGUGAAUUUUUAGGAGAGAUUCUUAUUGAGUUAGAGACAGCAUUACUAGAUGAUGAGCCUCACUGGUACAAACUUCAAACACAUGAUGUCUCUUCAUUGCCACUUCCCCAUCCUUCACCGUAUUUGCCACGCAGACAGCUCCAUGGCGAGAGCCCCACACGGAGGUUACAAAGGUCCAAAAGAAUCAGCGACAGUGAAGUCUCUGAUUAUGACUGUGAUGAUGGAAUUGGUGUUGUUUCAGAUUAUCGACAUAAUGGGAGAGAUCUUCAAAGUUCAACGCUAUCAGUGCCAGAACAAGUUAUGUCAUCUAAUCAUUGCUCUCGAUCAGGGUCCCCUCACCGUGGAGAUAGUAUAGGACGGACUAGAUCGUGGUCUCCCAGUGUCCCUCCCCCACAAAGUCGGAAUGUGGAUCAGGGACUACGAGGGACUCGAUCUACUCCUGCGCAUUACAAUACCCUGAACCGAAUGGAUAGACACCGUGUAAUAGAUGACCACUACUCCCCGGACAGAGAGAG